UGUAGAUCGGAUUUAAAGGCAUCAGUCAUGUGAAACUCUCCGACUUUCCGAUGUUGAAAGAAAAUUGGAAUUGCGAAUUUCCAUUCAAGCGCAUGUACAAUUUAGAAAGUUUGGUGGUGGAUGAGUGUGCAUUUUUCUCAAAUGCCAUAUCAUCAAAUCUACUGAAGCACGCGAGGAACACUUUGAAAGAGCUGGCUGUUGAGAGUUGUGAUUCAGUAGAAGAAGUGUUUGAUCUGGAAGGGCUAAAUGCCGAUGGAGGUCAUCUUGGGCUAACAAGAAAUUUAAGUGAAUUGCGGUUAAUUGAUUUGCCUAGGUUGAGGCACGUGUGGAACAAGGAUCCUCAAGGAUUUUUGAGCUUUAAAAACCUAAAAUUGCUGCAAGUUCAUAAUUGCAGCAACUUGGCUAAUAUAUUUACUCUGUCCAUGGCUUUGGGUCUUGUAAAUCUCCAACAUAUGGAAGUAAAAAGAUGUAGAAUGGUGGAACAUAUCAUCAGGAAAGAAGCAGACUAUGAAAUAGGAAGGGACAGGACCAUAUUUCCAUCAUUGCACUCCAUUAGUAUCGAGUGUUUGCCCAACUUGUCAUGUUUUUAUUCUGCAAGAGAUGUUCUGAAAUGCCCAUCCUUGAAAAAAAUUGAUGUGGUUGACUGUCCAAAGAUGGAAUUAUUAGCUUCAGCAUUUCGCUAUGAACAAGAUUCAAGCGUGAUUGUUGAGGGAAGUGAAGAAUCUGUUUACAAGGGAGAUGUUGAUAUUUCCAUGGCUGCUUUUUUUGGUGGCAAGGUUGCAAUCCCAAGCUUAGAAGAAUUGAAAGUGGAAUGGAAAACUAUGAAGAAUAUGUGGCCAGAAAAAUUUCAAUCCAUGUUCUUGUCUGGACUGAAAGGCAUUGAGCUGACAUGUUAUCCUGGUGGAUGUGCACUUUUGCCAACUGAUUUCUUUCAAAUUUUAAUCAAUCUGGAGAAACUUGUUUUGAGAGAUGCUUCUCUUGAAGAAAAAACAUUUCAUGAAGCAAACAUUGGUGAGCAAGUACAUCCCGAAUCAUGUAAGGUGCCAAUGCUCAAGCAUCUGAUGGAGAAAGACUCCCAGCAAGUCCCAGCUUCUCAAUAUCUGGAGACAGAAACAAUGGAUUGUGGCAGAUUGAAAAUUUUACUGCCAUUCACGGUUUCUUUCGAAAAUUUAACAACUCUGGAGGUAUCAAAUUGCCAAGGUCUAAUAAAUCUAAUGACUUCAAUUACAUCUAGAAGUCUUGUGCAACUUAGAAGAAUGAAGGUAGAGAAAUGUGAAAUGAUGCAAGAAAUUGUAGCGAGUGAAACAGAUGAUGAAGAAGAAGAGAUUUGCUUCAGUCAACUACAAUAUUUGGAGCUUCAUGAUCUACCACGCCUCACAAGCUUUUGCUCUGGUAAUCCUGCCUUCAAUUUCCCAUCCUUGGAGGAAGUGAUCAUUAGAGCAUGUCCCAAUAUGAAGAUUUUUGCUAAAGAAGUUUUAAGCACUCCAAAGCUAUGGCGAGUUCAAACCGGAAAACAUAAAUAUGAGUGGGAAUGGGAAGGCAGCAUCAAUAACACCAUUGAGGCAUUAUUUACACAUACGGAGGAAGUGUUAGAUAUGGAAGAUGAAGAUCAGCAAAGGCAUGCCAAUGUACUGGACAUGGCAGGCUGGGAUAGUUGUAUUUAUGCUCUGGCUCUUGAAAGAGUUCCGGCCUCUUCAAGAAUUCCAUGUGGAAACCCUGUUGUUGUUAAUCAAGUUCGGUGCAGCUUCUAUUCCUGUAUUCAAACUUAAAUUUCAAUCUCUCUCUUGGAAAUGGAAAAACAGAAAUUGUGGGAUAACAGAAAACAGGCGAUUUAUGCUUGCUAACAAUCCUGAAAAUUAACUUGCAUCAGUUUUGUUCUAAGAUGCUAGCAAUAUAAAUUAGAAGCAGCCCAAAGCCAUAGAAUUGUAGUAAUUGCUAUGCAGUUUACACUAUCAGAAAUUUUAUCUUUUUAAACA